AUGGCCGUGUCACCUUUGGUGUCCCGCUCGCCUUCUGUUACCGUAUCGUCUAACACUGCCGUGAGGUUGAGAAGCGUCGCUGCCCCGGACUCUCCCAGUGGGCAAGAAAAUGGGACUCCCUCCAAGUCUGGCCAGUCUCCCGACCGUGAACUCACAGAACAACUGAACGAUGAUAUUAGAAAUCGAUACGUCAAAGACAAGAAAUUGGGCGAGGGUACCUACGCCAUCGUAUAUCUAGGCCACCUUCGCACCGACUUGUCAUCGUUCGUGGCAAUCAAAAAGAUCAAGGUCAAUACUGAAUACAGGGAUGGUCUCUCGAUGGAUGCGAUUCGCGAAGUCAAGUACCUACAGGAAUUGUCACAUCCCAACAUCAUCGCGCUGCACGACGUAUUCUCCUCGAAGGAUCAAAACCUGAAUUUGGUUCUGGAGUAUUUGCCUCGUGGCGACCUCGAGAUGCUCAUCAAGGAUGUGAACGUACAGUACGGCGCGGCUGACAUCAAAGCCUGGAUGGGGAUGCUUGCGCGAGGGGUGUGGUUCUGUCACGAGAACUUUGUGCUGCAUAGAGAUAUCAAACCAAACAACCUGCUCAUCGCGUCUGACGGCGAGGUGAAGUUGGCGGAUUUCGGCCUUGCGAGAUCGUUUGCCGACCCCUACUUGAAUAUGACUCACCAGGUAAUCACUCGUUGGUAUCGGCCGCCCGAGUUGCUCUACGGAGCGCGGCAGUAUUCGGGGGCCGUGGACAUAUGGUCCAUGGGGAUGGUGUUUGCGGAGCUUCUCCUGCGGGUUCCCUUUGUUGCUGGGUCCUCAGAUCUCGACCAAAUCAGCCGGAUAUGUGAAGCCUUUGGCACACCCACCGAGGACAACUGGCCAGGAGUCUCUAGACUGCCCAAUUAUUUCCCCACCGACCCAGCGAGCAUCAUACCGGUACAAGGCCGGGAGUUUUUCCAGCGGCAGUUUUUAACGGCCGGGCCUGUUGGUGCCGAUCUCCUCAUGUCCAUGUGCACACUCGAUCCCAGGAAGCGGAGUACGGCAUGUCAAAUAUUACAGCACCGUUGGUGGGUCAGCGAGCCGAAGCCAACGGAGAACGAGAAUCUUCCUAGUAAGCCGGGGGGGACGAAGAAAAUGGGCAAUGAUCUGACGAGAAAGGUUGGCGAGGUUGACGAAACGCCCUUCAAAAAUGCCGCUCGGCAAUUGGAUUUUAGUACAAUGUGA